UGCAUCGCUUAAAUUUGAACUAAAUUUGAAAAUAAGUCGGCCUAAACUAGUAUGUUAUUGACUAAAAAAUUGUCUUGUUAUGGUCUUCUCAAACAACAAAUUUGUUUUUAGUUUUAAAUGGAAUUCGACCAACAUGAUGGUUCCGGUCAUGUGCAGAAGUACGAUAUUAAGUUGAAAACGAAACCAAAGGAUGGAGUUAUUUUACAAUUACACCAUACAAUCAGAAACCCCAACGGUGAGAACCGUAGAAUUCGAUUCUCUACAGGAAUCUUCGACGACUCUCAAGAGAAACUCGCAUGUUCCGACACCGUAGGAAACCUCUUCAUAUUAGACUUUUCCGAGCUCAAAUUUUGGAAGUUUACCCAUCUCGGGCCAUGUACGGCACUCCAUUUCAUACCAAACAAAACAGACGAGCUAGUAGUGACUAAUACAAAGAAAUGCGACAUUUCCUUCCUUUCUGCUGAAACUGGAAAAAUCUCUCUUACUUUGACUGGACACACAGCUCCGGUGAAGCAUAUCUCAUUCUCGAAUAACAAGCUUAAUAACUUACUAACCGCGAGCCCCGUGGAAGCCAUACUCUGGGAACUGACACACUACACCAAAUAUUUCACCCUAAAUACAUACUUGGGUGCUCAAAUUCAGCAGAUAUUAUUUACACCGGCCGGUGACUACUUAGUAGCCUGUUUUCAAAAUGACACAGUACAGAUAUGGAAACAUGAAAACAUGAAGUCUGUUAAACAGAUAAUACCAACAGAUUUAAAGAAUAUGAGAAAUAUUGCAUUUACAAUGAAUGGCAGAGCUAUGGCAAUGGCAGGUAUCAGCACAACACUGAUACUUUUUAGCAUGGACACAUGGAAAGCCCUAAAAUCAAUAGAUCUAACAAAAUAUGGUAUAUCGGGAGCUCAGCAUAUUGCUUUUAUACCACAAGUAUUCGAUGGAGGUGCAAAUAAAAUCCUAGCAAUAUUAGGGAGUGACUGCGCACUUCGCCUGCUGGAUUUAGAGUCUCUCACAAUACUUCAGACUGUUAGUCCAGAGUCAUCAGGUAUACGCAAAUUUGUUGUAAGCCCAACAGGUAAAUAUUUUCUUUGCAUAUUGAAACUGGGAGAGGUUAAUAUUUACAACUCUUCCUAUGUAAUGGAUCAACCACAACUGCCUAGGGCAAGCCCAAAUACAGAACCUUUGUUACAAAGCAAGUCUAUAUACAAAGAACAAGCCAAAGUAACCAUGAGAGCUGAAGUUGAACAAAAGAUGCGAGUUUGUAUGGACAGUGCCAGACUUCGGAGGAUUCUAAUGCAGUAUGGAGAGUAUCCUGAUAAAUUUAGGCCAGUAAUAUGGAGGUCUCUCCUAGAGACCCCUAUAAACAAGGUGGCUUAUUCAGCUUUGAUUGAAAAAGGUAACCAUCCAAGUUACAAAGACAUUGAAAAACAAUUCACAAUCCACAGUUCAAUCACACUGAAAACCUUAAAACGCUUACUCUCAUGUCUUGCACACUGGUGUCCACUCUUUGGUGUAAUGAAAUGCCUGCCAGGGUUUGUAUUCCCAUUCGUAAAAGUUCUUCAAAAAGAUCCUCUGCUGUUGUUCGAGUGUGUAGCGACAAUUCUACUAAACCACUGCCAGUUGUGGUUUGAAUAUGCUCCAUUCCCACCACUCAGCAUACUGGCGAUGAUAGAAAAUGUACUUGGAGACCAUGACCCACAGCUACUGAAACAUUACUGUGAUGUUGGAGUCACCAGCCAGGUUUAUGCUCUAAAGAUAUUAGAAACCGCCUUCAGUGAAGUAUUGACCUGCACAGAAUGGUUGAUACUCUGGGAUCACAUCCUCAGCAAUGAGCCAGCUUUUAUUCUAAUGGCUGUAGUUUCAUACAACAUUGUGCAGAAAAAUGCUAUAAAAAAACUAAAAACACAUCAGCAACUGGAGAAUUUCUUCCAUAUGCAAAACCCAAUAGAUAAGAAAACAUUCCUGAAAAAAGCUUACAUGCUACUAAAUGAUACUCCAGAUGACAUCCAUCCUAGGAGGUUCUUCAACAGUUUUGUGCCUCUGGAUAAAGGUGUGUGCUACCAGCAGUUUACUGGCUAUCCCAAAGCCACCAUCUGCCUAAAACUAGCAAAGAACGAAAGAGACAAAAUUAAGAAACCAGAAAAUUUUACACUGAAAGACUUGACUACUAGAACUCAAGAAAAGGAAAUUAAAAAUAGAUUUGAAUCAACUUCUGAGUCUAAAAUAACUCGCAGUGAUGACGAUGAUGAUACUGAAGAAUUAUUUACCAGUCCAAAAUAUGUCGGAAAACAUGCAAAGAAAAAGCAAAGUUGCCUCAACAUGGGGGACAAAAAACUUUUCAAAGAAAGACAUGCUACAUAUUUAGUGCCGAAGAUUGAUUUAAAAAACAAAUUAAAAUCUACAGCCAAAGAUAAAGGUUUAGGUAAGCGUUCGUCCAAAUGUAAAGGUAAGAGGACUGAUGAUGAGUUAGAAAAAGUAGUUGAAAUGUUGUUCAGAAGUGGGAGUGAAUCUGAUACCUAG